UUUGCUGCAGAGACGCUGAUGGACACACGGGUGGCCACAGCAGAAUUGGGCUGGACAGCGUAUCCUAACUCUGGGUGGGAGGAAGUAAGUGGCUAUGAUGAAAAUCUCAACACCAUCAGGACCUACCAAGUGUGUAAUGUCUUCGAGCCCAGUCAAAACAACUGGCUCCUCACCACCUUUAUUGACCGCCGUGGAGCACAGCGCAUCUAUGUGGAGAUACGAUUCACCGUGCGUGACUGCAGCUCCAUACCAAAUGUCCCUGGCUCCUGCAAAGAGACAUUUAAUCUGUAUUACUAUGAAACUGAUGCUGUCAUUGCCACCAAAGGUUCAGCCUUCUGGAUGGAGGCACCUUACCUCAAGGUGGACACCAUUGCUGCAGAUGAAAGCUUUUCCCAAGUAGAUUUUGGUGGACGUCUAAUGAAGGUCAACACAGAGGUGCGCAGCUUCGGUCCACUUUCCAAAAAUGGCUUCUACUUGGCCUUUCAGGACUAUGGAGCCUGCAUGUCUCUGCUGUCAGUCAGGGUGUUCUAUAAGAAGUGUCCAAGUGUGGUCCAAAACUUUGCAAUCUUUCCAGAGACCAUGACCGGGGCUGAGAGCACUUCCCUGGUUAUUGCCCGAGGGAUCUGCAUCCAAAACUCAGAAGAAGUAGAUGUCCCUAUAAAGCUCUACUGUAAUGGAGAUGGGGAAUGGAUGGUUCCUAUUGGUAGCUGCACUUGCAAGGCUGGGUUUGAACCUGACAAUGGCAACGUGUGUCGAGCAUGCCCACCGGGCACCUUCAAGUCAACCCAAGGUCCAGGUCUCUGUCUCCAGUGCCCUUCCAACAGCCGCUCCACAGCUGAAGCUGCCACUGUUUGCGUGUGCCGCAAUGGUUAUUACCGCGGGGAUGGCGAUCAGCCAGAUGAACCCUGCACCAGUGUUCCAUCCAGUCCAAGAAAUGUGAUCUCCAUCGUGAAUGAGACCUCAGUAAUCCUGGAGUGGCACUCUCCCAGGGAGACAGGCGGUCGGGAUGAUGUCGUUUACAAUAUAGUGUGCAAGAAGUGCAAAGCCGACAGACGCUCUUGUUCCCACUGCGAUGACAACGUGGAUUUUGUUCCUCGACAGCUGGGUCUGACAGAGACCAGGGUCUUCAUCAGUAACCUACUGGCUCACACGCUCUACAGCUUUGAGAUACAAGCUGUGAAUGGUGUCAGCAAUAAGAGUCCUUACCCAGCACAGCAUGUCACCAUAGACAUCACUACCAACCAGGCUGGCCAUAAAGAAAACCAACGAACAGUUUCCCUUUUCAUCCUGUCAACUCGUAUGUUCUCUCUCAAUAUUCCCUGCUCCCUUAGGAAAAGAGCGUACACCAAGGAGGCGGUGUACAGUGACAAGCUGCAACAUUACAGCACAGGAAGAGAACUCUCUUUGCGAGCCGACAUGUCUAACUGCCCCUCCCCACUGGGCUGCCCGACCCACUUCUCAGGCUCCCCGGGAAUGAAAAUCUACAUUGACCCCUUCACCUACGAGGACCCCAAUGAAGCUGUGCGAGAAUUCGCCAAAGAGAUUGAUGUCUCCACUGUCAAGAUAGAGGAGGUUAUUGGUGCAGGUGAGUUUGGAGAGGUGUACAAGGGACGUUUGAAGCUGCCUGGUAAGCGGGAGAUCUAUGUGGCCAUCAAGACCCUGAAGGCUGGCUAUGUGGACAAGCAGAGGCGAGACUUCUUGUCUGAAGCAUCAAUCAUGGGCCAGUUUGACCAUCCAAACAUUAUUCGUUUGGAGGGUGUAGUCACAAAGAGCCGCCCGGUGAUGAUUGUCACCGAGUUCAUGGAGAAUGGCGCCCUUGACUCAUUCCUCAGACAAAACGAUGGUCAGUUUACAGUGAUCCAACUGGUAGGAAUGUUACGUGGAAUCUCAGCAGGGAUGAAAUAUCUCUCAGAAAUGAAUUAUGUCCAUCGUGACCUGGCUGCCCGGAACAUUCUUGUCAACAGCAACUUGGUGUGUAAAGUUUCCGACUUUGGUCUGUCACGCUAUCUACAAGAAGACACAUCUGAUCCCAGCUAUACCAGCUCUUUGGGUGGAAAGAUACCAGUAAGGUGGACAGCACCGGAGGCUAUCGCUUACAGAAAGUUCACCUCAGCUAGUGACGUGUGGAGUUAUGGCAUUGUCAUGUGGGAAGUGAUGUCAUACGGCGAGAGGCCUUACUGGGACAUGUCCAACCAGGAUGUGAUCAAUGCUAUUGAACAGGAUUAUCGUUUGCCACCCCCGAUGGACUGUCCCAGUGCCUUGCACCAGCUGAUGCUUGACUGUUGGCAGAAAGACCGCAACGUACGACCUCGCUUUGCUGACAUCGUCAGUACCCUAGACAAGAUGAUCCGUAACCCAACCAGCCUCAAAGCUGUAGCCAACAUGCCUGCAGUGCCUUCUCAGCCACUGUUGGACAGAUCCAUACCUGACUUCAACACCUUCAGUUCAGUCGAGGACUGGCUGAGUGCCAUCAAGAUGAGCCAGUACAGAGACAACUUCCUCAACUCAGGCUUUACCUCCCUGCAGCUGGUGGCUCAGAUGACCUCAGAAGACUUGCUUAGAAUAGGAGUGACCCUGGCAGGCCACCAGAAGAAAAUCCUCAGUAACAUCCAGUCUAUGAGGGUGCAGAUAAGCCAGUCACCUCCAACUAUGGCAUGACUACAGGAGGCGCUGUGCCACGGAAAGGGCAGUAUUCGCAGGACCAAAAACAGCAGCCCUCGAAUGACCCCCGAUCCAUCGGAACGCGCCAGAGUCGAGACUGUCGUCUUAAUCUAACCCACUAGAAUGGCAACAGGAGACCAGGGUCUACACUCCCACAUGGAUAGCGAUUGUCAUACUUCCUGCAAUCCAUCCCAGGCAUUCAGGGUCCAGACCUUGUACUGUUUCUUCAUUUAUCACAAAAGGAAGACCAACAUCAAUUGCUGUGGUUUCAAACUGCAUUUGUGUCACCAUAAACCAAAACGACUCCCAACAACCAGACAUCAACACAGAGAGCAACUCACAAAUUUGAGCUUUGUGGUGCAAUGGGUGAACUUGUUCUUCUGUAUGAAAUGGACUCGAAAAAAGUUUCAAUUGUAGACACAAGUGUGCGACAUUUAGAAACCUGUGACCUGUGAUUUUACCCACUCUGUUGUCAGUCUGUGAAAUGAAGAGGCCUUCAUCUGAUGAGUAAAAAAGGCCCAUAAGAAAAAGCAACUACCGGUAGAAGUAAAUGGAGGA